AUGGCUCAAUACUACCCCAACCCACAACAAUCCCCUCAAGGGUACGCGCCGCAAGGCAGCGCCCAAAACCUCCAGUUCUUCCCCUCAUCCUAUUCCACAGUCUCCGGCCACACGACACACUCACAAGCCUCGUACGGCGCCGGCUUCGGAGGUGCGCCCGGUUCCGCAGCGCAGUCUUACCCCGUCGGCGGUGGGUAUGGCGGAUUCGGAGGUCCAGCGGCCGGAGUCAGUGGGAGGAUGGGGGAACAGGGCGGUUUGCGAACGGGAUGGUUGGCGGCGUUUGGGACAGAAGGGUAUGAUGGUGAGCCGCCGUUAUUGGAGGAAUUGGGGGUGAAUUUUGAACAUAUUCGGACAAAGACCUUGACCGUUCUCAACCCCUUUGCCUCAAUCGAUCGACAUCUCAUGGACGACAGCGACCUCUACGGCGCCCUCCUCUACAUCGUGCUCUACGGCACCUUUUUGCUUCUCUCCGGCAAAGUCUUCUACGGAUAUAUUUAUGGCGUCGCUGUCUUCGGCACCGUCGCCCUGCACUUGAUCCUCAGUCUCAUGUCGCCCGCCCUCGAUGCCGUCUCUGCCGCCAGCGCCGCCGCCGAUCAUCCUGCCGCCAACUACUCUCCGCACCACAAACCCCAUCUCGGUGUAUCGUCGCCUCGGGCGGCUCGGCGGGGUUGGCGGUGCGGCAGGCCAUUUCUCUGCAACCCUGACGUUCCCUCGCUCCGCAAGCGUCCUGGGCUAUUGCUUCUUGCCACUAGUCUUGACGGCCUUGCGGUGGGCUGGUGCACAUAUAGCUCGUCGGGGAUGUUUUGUGCCGUGGCUCGAAUGAGUGGCAUGCGCGGAUUGGUGGCGUAUCCGUUGGCCUUGUUCUACGUGGUUUUUGGGAUCAUGGGCAUCUUUUCAUCUAGGGGAACUGGAUCAUUGGCGGCCAAGACGGGAGCUGUGUGA